UCCUGGCUUCUUCGUGUCAUUUCUUGUCGUCUCUCAUGGUUUAUUUCCCGCCUUUCCUUGUUAUCGGUUUCGCGGCAUCUUGUUCAUAUUCCUGAUUGAUGGGAUUCUUCGUUACGUCGUGUGGCCUUCUGUACUGGUUUCCUGCUGAAGAAUUAACAAGCACAAAGUUGGGAGACUUCUCAACUGAGUUUAGGGAACGUUGCCCUUUAGGAUGCUGGCUGCUCAGUAUGGUGCCGAUAUUACCUAUGGAGAGGAGAUUGUAGACCAUAAAUUAUUGAAGUGUGAGCGUCUUAUUAAUGAAACUCUUGGAACCAUUGACUUUGUGGAAAGGGGAACAGAUAAUGUUGUGUUCCGUACAUGUGAGGAAGAAAAGCAUCGUGUGGUAUUCCAAAUUGGCACCUCAAAUGCUUCACGAGCUCUGAGUGCUGCAAUGCUAGUGUGUAAAGAUGUUGCAGCAGUUGAUGUCAACAUGGGUUGCCCAAAAUCAUUCUCUGUCAGCGGAGGCAUGGGUGCUGCCCUCCUGACUAAACCAGAACUGAUUCAUGAUAUUUUGACAACACUAAAGAGGAACCUUGAUAUUCCUGUGACAUGUAAGAUACGCCUUCUGAAAUCAUCUAACGAUACAGUAGAAUUAGCAAGGAGGAUUGAGAAAACUGGUGUUGCUGCUCUCGCUGUUCAUGGAAGGAGAGUUGCAGAUAGGCCAAGGGAUCCUGCAAAAUGGGGUGAGAUUGCUGAGAUUGUUCAAGCAUUAUCAGUUCCAGUGAUUGCAAAUGGUGAUGUCUUUGACUAUGAAGAUUUCGAGUGCAUUAGAGCAGUAACAGGAGCUGCUUCUGUCAUGGUUGCUAGAGGGGCUGCAUGGAAUGCAUCAAUUUUUAGCCCAAAAGGCAAGUUACCCUGGGAAAGUGUCAAAAAAGAGUACAUAAGGAAGAGCAUCUUAUGGGACAAUGAUAUAAAAAGCACAAAGCACACUCUAAAGGAGAUGAUCAUGCAUUAUUCAUCAUUGGAGCUUGCAGAGGGAAAGGCUGUAAAUAAAUCUAAUACACUAGCAGAUCUUGCGGAACUUUAUGGUGAACAAGAAUAUUUUUCAGAUGUCAUCAGUAGCCGAUUGUUGCAAAUUACUGUCAGGUAAUCUUCACCUGCACAUUGAGAAUUGCGCAUACAUUAAAGGUGUGCUUUUUCUUUAGGUAAACUCCACAUGAAGCAGUGAGAUGCUACAUUCUGAUAACAAAUUUUAUCAGGUAAGGCCCAUAAAAUUUCGACCAGUCAUUUGUAUGUAUAAUUCAUUUCAGUGUUGUCUUUAGCCAUUUUAGUAUGGCGUAUAUUCUUGCACAAGUGAUGGGUGCAUAAUUUUGGUUCCCAUUACGAUAUUAAACGUGAUUAGUUUUGUAAGAAUCUAUAUUGUCUAGAACAGAAAAAACAAUUAAUUGGGGAAAAUA